AUGAAUAACAAAAAAAUUUUUAAAAAUUAUAAAGUUGAAGAGCAUUCAGAUAGCGAAGACUCAGAUAAUGAAAUUAAAGUAAAAACAAAAACCUCAGGAGAAAAAAUUGAUCUAGCAAAAAUUGAAUCAGAAGAAAUUGAGCGAAUAAAAAAAAGGAUAUGUCAAUUGGAAAUUAGUGAGAGAAAGAAAAUUGAAGAUAAUGAAAAAAAUAAUGGGUUAAAUAAUUUACAAAAUUUAGGAGAUACAAAAACGCCUUUUAAAAAAGUAGAUUUAUGGAAGAUAGACCCAAAAAAUCUUGACCCUGAUGCAGAAUACAAAAGAAUUCUCGGAGCUGCUUUUAAUGGUCUUGGUACCAGAGAAUCACGCUUCUCAAAUAUGAAUCGUAAUCGUCGUGGUGGAACUAAACAAUUUGUUGGAAAAUUGAUGAAGAAACCUCGUUUUUUAGAAAAAGAUCCUGGGGCUUUAUCAAUGAAAAUGAUAGAUGAAAAAUAUGAUAUAAAAUAUUUUAAAUUUGUUCCAUCAAAAAUUUAUGUUGAAACACAAUUAGCCUUUCGUGAUGCUGUUGAUGUAUUUGAUAUUGAAUGGGUUUUAAAUACUAUUCGAACACAUGGAUUUCAUUUACCUUCUGCUGCAGUUGCUGCCAAUGCUCUUAUAAUUCAAGAUCAUAGUCAAGAUGCAAAAGACCUCAUUGAAUGGGGUAUUUGGUUUGGUGAAUAUUGUUGUUCACGUGAAUUUGACAUUUUUUCACCAAAUCAUAGAUUACCAUAUAUUUUUGAACCCAACAGAGCUUUCUUUAUAUUAUUACAUAUGUAUAUGAAGCAUUGUAUUGACAGAAAAUGUUAUGAGACUGCUUUUCAAUAUGCUAAGAUAAUUUAUAUGAAAGAUGUUGUAAAUGAUCCUUUAAGUAUUUUAAUGUGUAUUGAUACAUUAGCCUUAAAAGCUGGAAAUAGUAAUUGGUUAAUUAAUUUCUAUGAUGAAUUUAAUACUACAAUUCAAUUAGAAUGGUUACCAAAUUUUUUAUAUUCAUUAGCAUUAGUAUAUAAUCAAACAUAUUUAGAGACUGGAGAAGAAAUUUAUAAAGAAAAAGCUGAUGAAUUUAUACAAAAAGCAUUUGUAAGAUUUCCAUUUCUAGUUACUUUGUUUCUAGACAAAAUGUCAAUGUUUGCUGAUUCUGGAAUUGAAAAUUAUUCAUUUGGAAGUUUAAUAACAUUUGUGAAACAACCAAUUGGUUAUCAAUAUUUAAUUAAAGUAUAUUUGCAUCAUGCUAUUGAUAUAUUAAAAAAACCUGAAAAUAUAGCUUUCUUAGAUCAAAAAUCACGUCAUUACUUUGAACUUAUACAAAAAGAUAAAUCUUUUAAACUAGAUGAAGUUGUUAAAAAGCGUUCUAUACUAUUUAUCGGAGUUCCAAGAAGUUUAAAACGUCAUAUGGCGUUAUUUCAAAUAGAAAACAUGAGUGCUAACAAUUUUUCAGAUCCUUUUCCUCCAAAAGAAGUUGAAGAUGAUGUUGAAUCACUGGCAAAGAAAUAUGGUAUAAAAUACGAACAUCGACAAGGAGAUGACAAUCAAGGUUCAUCUGAGAAUGCUCUUUUUAAUUAUCAAGUAAUGUUAGAUUUAUUCACAAAUAUGAUUCCAUUUCAAAUGUCAAAUAUCAGAGAAAGAGCUGGAGCUUUAAGGAUGCGAAUUCAAGAACUUAUUGAAGAUCACAGAGAAAUACAAAGAAAUCUUCAGCAAAUUAAUAAUGAAGAAGAUUUUCAAGACAAUAAUAUUGUAAGUAAUGAAAUUACAAAUAUGUAUGAAGUUCUUGAGAAUUUGGCAAAUGAUCAAGCUGCUGAAGUAGAUAAUCAAGAAGAAACUGGUACUGAAAUUACAAAUAAUGAUGAAAUUAAUGAAGAAGAACCAAGAAGGAAUAAUUAA